AUGGACCAAGCAAAGGCUAUGAAUACUCCAUUGGGGUCUUAUUUCAAGCUAAGUUCGAGCAAGGAUUCAAAGGAGUUUGAUGAGUCAUUCAAAGAAAUGGUCCCAUAUUCAAGAACUAUUGGUAGCAUCAUGUAUGCUAUGAUCAGAACUAGGCCAGAUUUGGCUUAUCCAGUCAGAGUUAUUAGUAGGUUCAUGAGCAAACCAAAAAGAGACCACUGGAAUGUUGUGAAAUGGGUACUCAGGUAUAUUAGAGGAACAAAGAAGCUGAAACUCAAUUAUGUUAGGGAAUCAAGUCUGAAAGUUAGAGGUUUUUAUGAUUCUGAUUAUGCAGCUACUUUGGACAAGAGGAGGUCGGCGACAGGGUAUGUAUUUACUGUUGGUGAAAAUGUUGUAAGCUAG